AUCAACCCAGAUCCAGGUGAAGCCAUCUAUCAAUAGCACCCUGAAUUACGAAUAAUGAUAGUGUAUAGUGCGAGAGGUUUUGCAACUGUGCGUAAAAGUGAAUUAUUAAGCCAACUUAUGCUUAGAUUGUAUCUUUACGGUGAACAACAAUAUCGGGCGGCGAGUACACGCGAUGCUGCUGCGACUUCCGAUGAUCAGCGUGAUUAUCAUGAGGACUUGAUUUACAAAACUUUAAUCCAUUGCUAGCCAACGUAUCCGAAGCGUUAGCCACAUUAAAGCUGCGACCCGGACUAAAAACUCCUAAGCACACGUCUAUGCCACUUACUUAAAUAUUAUCUACGUAUGUCGACAUCUUGCCCCACUGACGCGUACUGUAGCUGCACAAGCUAAUAUCCGUCUUUAUUAUUUAGCAGAUCAACAUAACACAUUCAAGUCGUGCAUCACGGGGUCCCAUAACGCUGACAGCCGGGGACCACAUGACACUCCGCUUGUUGCAAGACGAGCAUUCGGAGCUUUCGUCGUCACAGUUGGAUGUGGUGCAUGCAGUCAUUUUGAGCUGCUGCGCGCUGUCGCUCAUUGGGUGCUUGUACAUCAUUCGACAUCAUUACAAAACUGCUAGAUUACAUAGUGGCGUCUCAAUGGUACAAAAGAUGGUGGUCGUCCUCUCGGUGCUUG